AUGGCGCGCCAGACACGCCGCAGCAAGGCCGCGAGCACGACGACGAACUCUGCGCUCGCGACGCCUGUGUCAGCGCUCUCGCUCGCGGAUUAUACGCCCACGGCUGCCAGCUCGCCGCCUACAAGCGUCGUCCCCGACUCUGAGGCCAACGACGACGACGACGAGCUCAAGCUGCCCAGUCCGCCUCGCAGGACGUCAGCGCGGGGAAAACGGGCCGCUGCGCCCGCGAAGGGCAAGAAGCGCGUCGCGCCCGACUCUGAGGACCUGGACGAGGACGACGACGAGCCGCCGGAUGAGAAGCCGGCGGGAAAGAAGAGGCGCACGGGAUCGACGGCGUAUGUUGAACUGCCGAAGCUGAAUCGGACGUUCUCCAAGUCUACAGUUAAGUCCGCCCCGGCAACUUCCGACGACGAGGACGUGCCUCUCGCUGCUAAGCCCAAGGGAAAAGGCAAGGGCAGAGGGCGCGCACGCGCGACGCCGGCGUCUGUUCCCGCGUCCGAGUCGGAAGAAGAGGCGCUCGCCGUCAAGACCACCUCAACGCGUUCGAAGGGCAAAGGCAAAGCCAAGGCUGCGGCGUCAAAGGACGAGUCGGACGACGAGAUAGCCAUCCCCACCUCCCGCCCGCGUCCCUCGCGCGCGGCAUCAUCCCGCUCUAAACCCGCGCCAACCCCAUCCGCCAAGAAGGGCAAAGGCAAAGCGAAAGCCUCCGCGCCCACGACCGACGACGAGAUCCAGCCGGACGACACGCUCGAGUACGAUUCAGCUGCUGAGCUAGCGCUUGAGCCUAGUGACGACGAGCUUGCGCAGUUGGAGAGCGACGAUAGUGGGUCCGAGUUUGGCGCGGAUGAUGGUGACUUCGACGAGGAGGAUGAGGAUAUGGAUGUCGAUGAGGGGCCCAGCACGUCGAGGAGACGGUCGCGCGCCCGAGAGCCGUCGGAGGAUAUUGAUGAGGUCGACGACGACGAAGAGCUCGACACACCCGCCGCGCGCGCUGCAGCCGCAGCCGAGCUCCGCCGCCUCAAAGUCUCGAACGGCGGCGCAGAGUACGACAUCGACUCCUCGGAAGAAGAGGCGCUCGCGACGACUACCAAGCGCGGCCGCGGUCGCGGCGCCAAGGGGAAAGGCAAAGGCAGAGCGAAGAAGUUCAACGAUCAAGAGACGGGCUUGGUGCCGCCCAAGGAGGAGCUGAAGGGCUUGAGCGGGGUGGAGAAGAGGAUGUUGAGGCUCAAGUAUGCGAACCCGCUGAAGUAUGAGGAGACGAUGGCGAGGAAGGAGCUUGGGCGGAAGUUGACUUGGGCGGAGAAGGCGAGCGUCGCGCUACGCGUUCAUCAUCCCGAGCUUCGCGAUGCAUGGGGCGAUCUCGAAGCCGACGUACCCGUCGUUGAGCCUAUCAAGGCUGAGCAGCCGACUGGGCUGUCGUGUACGCUCUUACCGUUCCAGCAGGAGUCUUUGUUUUGGAUGCGCAAGCAAGAGCUAGGCAUCUACGGCGGUGGUCUGCUCGCCGAUGAGAUGGGUAUGGGCAAGACUAUCCAGAUGAUAGCGCUCAUGGUCUCCGAGCCCGGCCGUCCGAACCUCGUCAUCGCUCCGACCGUCGCAGUAAUGCAAUGGCGCAACGAGAUCGAAACGCACACCAAUGGCAUGAAAGUCGUCGUCUGGCACGGCGCCACGCGCGAGAACAACAUCAAGGAGCUUGUCAAGAACGACGUGGUGCUUACUACGUACGCCGUCGUCGAGAGCUGUUUCAGGAAGCAGGAGGCCGGGUGGAAGAGGAAGGGCGUGAUCGUCAAGGAGAAGAGUCCGGUCCAUUGUAUUGAGUGGAACCGCGUUAUCCUCGACGAGGCGCAUAACAUCAAGGAGCGCGCGACGAAUACGGCAAAGGCGGCGUUUGCGCUCAAGGCGAAGUACCGCUGGUGCUUGUCUGGUACACCGCUCCAGAACCGUGUUGGCGAGUUGUACUCGCUCGUCCGGUUCCUCGGAGUCGACCCGUUCUCGUUCUACUACUGCAAACGCUGCCCCUGCAAAUCCCUCCACUGGCGCUUCGCCGACAAAAAGGGCUGCGACGAAUGCGGCCACUCGCCCAUGCAACACACCUGCUUCUGGAACAACGAGAUCCUCACGCCCAUCCAGAAGCACUCCUUCUCCGGCCCCGGCCGUCUGGCGUUCAAGAAGCUGCACAUCCUGCUGGAGCGGAUCAUGCUUAGGAGGACGAAGCUGCAGAAGGCGGAGGAUCUGGGGCUGCCGCCGCGGACGAUCGUUGUGCGGAGGGACUGGUUCAGUCCGGAGGAGAAGGAGCUGUAUUUGAGUUUGUUUAGCGAUGCGAAGAGGGAGUUCAGCACGUAUGUCGAUGCCGGGACGCUCUUGAACAACUACUCAAACGUCUUCUCCCUCCUCACCCGCAUGCGCCAAAUGGCCUGCCACCCCGACCUCGUCCUCCGCUCGCGCACAAACGCAGGCCUGUACAUCCCCGGCGCCGACGACGAGGCGGCCGUGUGCCGCCUGUGCCACGACACGGCCGAGGACGCGAUCGCCGCGAAGUGCAAGCACGUGUUCGACCGGGAGUGUAUACGGCAGUACCUGAGCACGGCGGACGACGUGCAGCCGGACUGCCCGGUGUGCCAUGUGCCGCUCACCAUCGACCUCGAGGCCGAGCCGAUCGACUUUGGCGAGGCUCCGGGGAAAAACAGGCAGGGGAUACUGGGGCGCUUGGAUCUGGAUACGUGGCGCUCCUCUACCAAGAUAGAGGCGUUGGUUGAAGAGCUCGACGGGCUGAGGCGGAAGGACGCGACGACGAAGAGCAUCGUGUUCAGCCAGUUUGUGAACUUUUUGGAUCUGAUCGCGUUUAGGCUGCAGAGGGCGGGGUUCGUGGUGUGUAGGCUGGAGGGGACGAUGAGUCCGCAGGCGAGGGACGCUACUAUCAAGCAUUUCAUGAACAAUGUGAAUGUUACGGUGUUCCUUGUUAGUCUCAAGGCGGGCGGCGUGGCGCUGAACUUGACAGAGGCCUCUCGCGUCUACCUGAUGGACUCGUGGUGGAACCCCGCCGUCGAGUUCCAAGCCAUGGACCGCAUCCACCGCCUCGGCCAGCACCGCCCCGUGCGCGCCAUCAAGCUCGUGGUCGAAGACAGCAUCGAGAGCCGGAUCGUGCAGCUGCAGGAGAAGAAGAGCGCGAUGGUCGAUGCGACGCUUAGUACGGACGAUCAGGCGAUGGGGAGGCUGACGGCGGAGGAUUUGGGGUUUUUGUUCAGGCUUUGA